AUGAGCACCCUCAAGCGGAAGGAUGCCCCUGGCGGCAAUCCUCCGCCCAAGUCGGCAAAGAACACGAAAGAAGGUCGACCGUCGAAGAAAGAGGCACCAGCCAAGGAUGCAAAGUCUCCCGCCAAGGCGCAUCGCAAGUCAGAGAGCGCGACAGAAGAGCGCACGAAGCCCGCCGUUGUCUCUGUCUUGAAGGAUGAAGAGCCAGUCUUCCCUCGUGGAGGUGGCAGUGUCCUCACGCCUCUCGAGCAGAAGAAGAUCCAGAUGGAAGCCAAAGCCGACGCCAUUCGAGAAGAAGAAUUCGAGACGGGCGCCAAAUCACAAAAGAAGAAGGCGAAGAAGGCUGCGGUGAAGAGCGACAAGAAGACGGAGAAGAAAGCAGAGGAGGAUAGCAUCAGGAUUGAGAGUUUGAACUUCAAGAGACUGGUCAGGGGAUCGCUAGUACUCGGGCAGGUGAUGCGAAUCAACAAACUCAGCGUUGAGGUGUCACUACCCAACAACCUGAUGGGACACGCCUCCAUCGUCGCCAUCUCGUCGCAAUUGACCAGCAGGCUCGAGGGUGGUGCCACAGAGGAGGGCGACAGCGAGGAGGAUGAAUCGUCCGACGAAACCGACGUCAACCUCAAGUCCAUGUUCAAGGUUGGACAGUAUGUGCGAGCUUACGUGCUCUCGACUAAGGAUACUGCUACCGGAGGAAAGGGGAAGCGAAGAAUCGAGUUGUCUUUGCGACCUAACGAGGCCAACUCUGGGCUGGAAACGGACGAUGUUGUACCCAACAGCACAGUCAUGGCGUCCGUGGUUAGUGUCGAAGAACGUGGCUGCGUCAUGGAUCUCGGGAUGCCAGGCCUGAACGGAUUCCUUCCAAACGGCGAGAUCGAUCCCCUCAUCGACCAGGAGAGGCUCCAGCCCGGCGCUGUUUUCCUAUGCCAGGUCACAGGCAAGGGCUCCAACAAGAUCGCCCAGCUCACCCUGAAGCAAGACAAAGUCGGAAGCACCAAGGCAUUCCCCGCUGAUGCCACGACGAUCAACACAUUCCUCCCCGGUACGCUCGUCAGCGUUCUUGUUUCGGACAACGAAGGCAGAGGACUGGCUGGCAAGAUUAUGGGAACCCUCGACGCCACAGCUGAUUUGAUCCACUCCGGCAUUGGUCCCAACAACGUUGACCUCAAGUCCAAGUACAAGGUUGGGUCCAAGGUGAAGGCGAGAAUCAUCUGCAACUUUCCAACCGCCAAGGACCCCAAGGUGGGCGUUUCACUGUUGCCUCACAUUUUGUCUUUGACACAGAAGCGACAAGACGCCGACACUGAAGUUACGAAGCGUCCGCUGGAGGUGCUACCCAUCUCUUCGUUUGUCGAGAAAUGCACAGUCCGCCAUGUCGAGGCCGAUAUUGGUCUCUUUGUGGAUACUGGCAUUCCUGGUCUGGGCGGUUUUGUUCACAUCUCCCGGGUCAAGGAUGGGAAAGUCGACGCACUCUACGAAUCAAGCGGGCCAUACAAGGUUGGUACGGUGCACCGUGGUCGAGUUGUAGGCUAUAACGAGAUGGACGGUCUUUUCAGCAUUUCAUUUGAGAAGAGCCUCCUCGAACAGCAGUACAUCCGCCUCGAAGACGUGCCCAUCGGAUCCGUGGUCAAUGGUGAAAUCGAGAAGCUGGUCAUCAAGGAGCAAGGCGUCACAGGACUCAUCAUCAAGAUUGCAGAUGGCAUGAGUGGCUUCGUAUCCGAGAAUCACAUGUCGGAUAUCCGCCUUCAACACCCCGAAAAGAAGUUCCGCGAAGGUAUGAAGGUCAAGGCUCGCGUGCUCUCUCUCAACUUCAGCAGGAGGCAAUUGCGUCUCACGCUCAAGAAGACUCUGGUCAACUCGGAGGCGCCUGUUAUCAAGUCCUACGACGACGUCAGCAUCGGAAUGAAGACGCUGGGCACCAUAGUCAAAGUGCAACCGAAUGGUGCCCAUAUCCAGUUCUACGGGCGUCUUCGAGGUUUUCUUCCUGUAUCGGAGAUGAGUGAAGCAUACAUUCGCGACCCUACGGAGCACUUCCGGGUUGGCCAAGUCGUGAGCGUGCAUGCUCUCGAGGUUGACCCAGAGGCCAAGAGAUUUAUUGUUUCCUGCAAAGAUCCGGGCGCGUUUGGACUGGAGAAGCAGACUGCUCUCAAGAACUUGAACGUCGGUGACAUUGUCUCGGCCAAGGUGACACAGAAAACCGAGGAUCAAAUCUUUGUGGAGCUUGUCGACAGCCAGCUCAAAGCCAUUCUACCGGUGGGCCACCUGACCGACAAAUCCUCCUCAAAGAAUCAGUAUGCCUGGAAGAGGAUUUCAGCCGGGCAGACCCUGUCGAACCUCAUGGUUCUCGAGAAGUAUGAGAAUCGACGAGCCAUCAUCCUGUCCCAGAAGCCUAGCCUGGUCAAGGCUGCCCAGGAUAAGACGCUCCUAAAGAGCUUUGAGGAUGCCAAGGUGGGCGCCGUCGUCCAAGGCUUCGUACGGAACAUCACGGUUACAGCCGUCUUUGUCCAGUUCGCCGCAAAUCUCCAUGCUCUGCUACCAAAGGGGCGCCUGCCGGCCGAUGCUCAGUCACAGCCCGACUUUGGCCUGCGCAAAUACGAAUCCAUCGAAGUGCGAAUCAUUUCGACGAUCCCUGAAAUGAAGCGUAUCUUGGUUGCGCCCGCCGAUGCACCCGUCGUUGAGCCCGAGAACAAGAAGAGCAAAUCAUCCACGAAGACCUCGGCCCCAGCCCCUGAAGACGGCCUCGCAUUUGGCAGCACAGCCCAGGCAAAGAUCACAUCCAUCAAGGACACUCAGCUGAACGUUCAACUCGUGGAUAGCGACGUUCAGGGUCGCAUUGAUGUGUCCCAGAUUUACGACAAGUGGGAAGACAUUCCUGAUCCCAAGGAUCCUCUCGACAAGUUCAACAAGAAGCAGGUUCUUCGCGUCAAGGUUCUUGGUGUACACGAUGCUAAGGACCACCGCUUUUUGCCAUUUUCUCACCGAUCCGCCCACUCAGUCCUGGAACUCACCUGUAAGCCCAGUCAUCUGAGCAGCGAUGCCCCAAAGCCAAUCUCUCUCGAGGAACUAAAGGUUGGCGACACCCAUAUUGCCUUUGUCAACAACGUUACGUCUCAGUAUCUAUGGGUCAACCUUUCUCCCAACGUCCGUGGUCGCAUCUCUAUCAUGGAUGCCUCCGAUGACCUGUCUCUGCUGAACGAUCUGGAAGCCAACUUCCCCGUCGGCUCAGCCCUCAAAGCGAGGGUGACGGCGGUUGAUCCUCAAAACAACCGACUCGACCUGUCAGCUCGAUCGGCCAAUGCUUCUGAAGCCAUUACCUGGACCUCGCUGAAGCAGAAUAUGACCCUUCCUGGCAAGAUCACCAAGGUCAAUGAGAGACAGGUUCUCGUGAAGCUCAGUGAAUCCGUCUCUGGCCCCGUCCAUCUGCCCGACAUGGCGGAUGACUAUAGCACCGUCGACACGUCAAAAUACAAAAAGGGCGAUAUUGUUCGUGUUUCGAUUGUUGACGUCGACCCCAGCAACAAGAGGAUCCGCCUCUCCAUGCGACCGUCACGAAUCAUGAGCUCGACCUCCCCGGUUGUGGACAAGGAAAUCACGAAAAUCACACAGCUUGCCACUGGCGACAUUGUGCGAGGAUUCGUCAAGAACGUCGCCGACAAGGGUCUCUUUGUUCUGCUGGGCGGCCAGGUGACUGCUUUCGUCAAGAUUUCGAAUCUCUCCGAUCGAUUCUUGAAGGAAUGGAAAGACGGCUUCCAGAUUGAUCAGCUAGUCAAGGGCCGUGUCAUUGCUCUUGACGCCGCAACCAACCAGCUUGAGCUCAGUCUGAAGUCAUCAGUAGUCGAUGAGGACUACACCCCUCCUCUCAGUUACAAUGACAUCAAGGAAGGUCAGAUUGUCACUGGUGUUGUCCGCAAGGUUGAGGAAUUUGGUGCUUUCAUCCUGGUUGAUAACUCGGCCAAUGUGAGCGGCCUGUGCCACCGAAGCCAAAUGGCCGACAACCCGGUGAAGGAUGCUACCAAGCUGUACAAGGAAGGCGAUAAGGUGAAGGCCAGGGUCUUGGAGGUGGAUGCCACAAAGAGGAGGAUCAACUUUGGCUUGAAGCCAUCCUUCUUUGAGGAUGAGGACACCGACAUGGACUCUGGGUCUGAAGCUGGCGCCCUACUGGAUGACGAUGAGGAUGACGAUGGUGAGGGUAUGGACUUGGAUGAGGAGGCCUUGAUCAAGAUCCUCGGCACCGACAACCAGGGUGACUCUUCCGAAGAGGAAGAAGAGGAAGUUGACGACGAUGAAGAAGGGGAGGGUGAGGAGGCAGAGGACGAUAGCGACGAGGAGAUGGAGGACAGCGCCGCCAAGAAGACAGGUGGCCUUGGUGUAGGCAAGAAGUCGGCAUGGUCGACAGAUCCGUUUGACGAGUCCGGCUCCGAGUCAGAAGACGAUGCUCAGGCUGAGCAAGCCGACAAGAAGAAGAAGCGGAAGAAGAAGGGCGAGGCCCAGGUCGACCGAACAGCUGAGCUUGAUGCCCAUGGCCCUCAAACAUCGAGCGACUACGAGCGACUCCUCCUGGGUCAGCCCGACUCGUCAGAGCUGUGGAUCGCAUACAUGGCAUUCCAGAUGCAGGUGAGCGAGCUGCCCAAGGCGCGCGAGAUUGCCGAGCGAGCCAUCAAGAGCAUCAACAUCCGGGAAGAGACGGAGAAGCUCAACGUGUGGGUCGCGUAUCUCAACUUGGAGGUGGCCUACGGCAGCAAGCAGACGGUGGAAGAUGUUUUUAAGCGAGCUUGCCAGUACAAUGACGAGCAAGAGGUGUACGAGCGACUGGCCAGCAUCUACAUCCAGUCGGAGAAGCUCAAGGAAGCGGAUGAGCUGUUCGAGGCCAUGCUGAAGAAGUUUGGCGCCAAGUCGCCCAGCGUCUGGACCAACUACGCACAUUUCCUGCACGUCACCAAGAACGAGCCGGCCCGCGCCCGCGCCCUGCUGCCGAGGGCAACCCAGCAGCUGGACAGCCACAACGGCCAGAACAUUGUCAGCCGGUUCGCCGCCCUCGAGUUCCGAUCGCCCAACGGCGAGCCUGAGCGCGGCCGGACCAUGUUCGAGGGUCUCCUCGCGGCUUGGCCGAAGAAGGGCGAUCUCUGGAACCAGCUGCUCGACCUCGAGAUUGGCAUCGCGAGCUCUAGCGCUGAUUACACUGCUGUGCGAGACGUGUUUGAGAGGAGGACGAGGGUCAAGGGCUUGAAGCCGCAACAGGCGGAGAAGUGGUUCCGCCGAUGGGCCGCCUGGGAGGAGAAGCUGGAUCCCAAGGGCAAGGACAAGGUCAUGGCCAAGGCGCAGGAGUGGGCAGCUGCGUUCAAGUCGAGAAAGGAGGCCAAGGCUGCGGCUGCGGCGGCAGAGGACGAGGAGAUGGAGGAGUAAAUGAUGGUGACCUAGACACGGGAGAAAAAUCUCAGGUA